CUUCAGAUGCAAGACAUGAAGAUGUAGCAGGCAGAACAGCUAUGGUAUCAAAGCUUUUAAAGGUAUCUGGGUAGUUAUGGUAACCAGAUAGAGGGAUGGAAACAGUCAUGAUUUCUGUCUGGAUCUGCAUCCUCCUUUUGCACCAGCUCUCCCUGAAGACUGUGACUGCACUGAUAGACUCUGACGAUGUGAUCACAAGAGAAGAGCAGAUCUACCUUCUGAUUGGUGCUCAGGACGCGUGUGAUCGCAGCAUCCGGAAUCAGAUGGCCCUCAUAAAAGCAGGCGAGUGUGUUCCUGAGUGGGACGGUAUCGUCUGCUGGCCCAGCGGCGGAGCUGGAGAGUGGGUGUCCAUACCCUGUCCAGAGUACAUCUAUGACUUCAACCACAAAGGUCGGGUUCAUCGGCAAUGUGACCUCUCUGGGGCCUGGGAGCAGGCCAACGCCCUGAACCGCACAUGGGCCAACUACACCGAGUGCACUUCCCUCAACUACGACUACAGCAGCCAAGCGGAGGUGUUUAGAAGGCUCCACAUGAUGUACACAGUGGGCUACUCCAUCUCCCUGCUGUGUCUGCUCGUCGCUGUCUUCACCUUAUGCUACUUCAAGCGUCUUCACUGCACACGGAAUCACAUCCACAUCCACCUCUUCCUCUCCUUCAUAUGUCGAGCUGUGAGUAUCUUUGUGAAGGACGCCGUUCUCCACUCGAUGACAGAAGACGACCAGGCAGGAUGGCAGCUUACCGUACACCCACCUCAGCUGUUUGGCUGUAAGCUGGCUGUUACCCUGUUCCUGUACUUCCUGGCAACCAACCAUUACUGGAUCCUGGUGGAGGGAGUGUACCUGCACAGCCUGAUUUUCAUGGCCUUCCUCUCCGACAGAAGCUACCUGUGUACCCUCAGCAUUAUCGGCUGGGGGGUACCAGCUGUCUUUGUCUCCAUCUGGGUCAGUGUCCGAGCCUCACUAGCGGACACACAAUGCUGGGACAUCAGUGCAGGAAAUCUGAAAUGGAUUUAUCAGGUUCCUAUCUUGGCAGCCAUUAUAGUGAACUUCUUCCUCUUCCUCAACAUCAUACGAGUCCUGGCCUCCAAGCUGUGGGAAACGAACACAGGCAAAUUAGACCCAAGGCAGCAGUACAGGAAGUUGCUGAAGUCCACACUUGUCCUGAUGCCUCUGUUUGGAGUUCACUACAUGCUCUUCAUGGCUAUUCCAUACACUGCCGUCUCUGGCCUCCUCUGGCAGGUCCAGAUGCACUACGAGAUGUUUUUCAACUCCUUUCAGGGAUUUGUUGUGGCUUUCAUCUACUGUUUCUGCAACGGAGAGGUGCAGGCUGAGGUAAAGAAGGCGUGGCUAAGACGGAGUUUAGUGUCGGACCUCAGACAGAAGUCCAGGAUGACCAGCAGUGGGGGCGGAGUCAGUUCGUAUUACGGCAACCUGACCACCAAUAACAGCGUCAGCUCCUCUGCCGUCACCUCGAGGGGCGGAGUCUUGCCGGUGGCCCCGCCUUCCAUGCACCCGAUCAGAAACAGUCCUCCGUGCUCCGCCUCCAGCGACCUCAUGGAGACCCGCGACGCUCUCCAGACGCCCAGCCCCCCAGGGACAGGCUGUGGACGGCGGGGUUCGGUGUGGUGUGAUGGGGGCCCCGGGGGAGAGACCCCUGGAGGACCUCAGGAAGGACACCUGGAGGAGCUGGAGACAAUGCUGUGAAUGUUUACUUUAGAACCCCCACCCGGUACAGCCAAAACGCCCCAUUUGGACACGGAGCACCUCGAUGUCGAACGGUCCCCUUCUCCCGCGCCAGAGAACAUUUUUUUUUAUCACUUUUUAAUGAAACACAUGAAUCUAUUCAUGUAAUGUAAACAAUCACGGAUGUUUUUUUUCAUUCAAUCUUUUUGAGGCUGUUAAAUAUGUUUAUACAUAAUUUCUGUUA